AUGUGCGAUAACGAUCCGGACACUCCCUUCUGCUCACCACAGGAUGGGGCUCAGCUGCAAGUAGGAGACAUUGCAGAGAUCACCUGGAACCCCAACUUCUUCACCACCUCCAACCCCGGCCCUCCUCCCCAGCAAAUCUUCAUCCAAGCCGACUUCGCCCUCACCGCCAACGGGCCCCCCGAAACAGCCGGCUUCACCUCCUCCCCGCUCGACCCCAACACCGGCACCUUCCCCUGGACCAUCCUCGCCACCUACCUCCCCCCAGACAGCACCACCACCACCGCCACCCUCUCCCUCGCCGCACCCCUCUCCCACGCCCCCACCACCAACGGCACCUUCGUCCGCAUCGGCGCCGCCACCAUCCGCUUCCCCGGCCCGCGCGUCCACAUCCUCCGCUCCACCACCACCAGUAAUAAUAACACCACCACCACCCCCUCCGCAAUCACCGAUACCAACGCCCCCCUCACCACCACCACCACCACCACCACGCCUACCCCGCAACCAGCCCCCUCACAAGCCCCCAACCCCCUCGCCAUCGCCCUCCCGGUCACCCUCGGCCUGCUCACCGCCCUCGCCAUGGUGCUGUACGCGGUGCUGAAGCGGCACCGGCCCGACCUGCUUGCGCGGGGCCGUCGGCGGCCGGGCUGUUUGUCCUGUUGGGGGGUGUGUCGGCGUCGGCGCGAGGAAGGCGGCGGUCGGAGGGUGAGGCUGAAGGGGCGGGCGGUGGAGAUCCGGGUGGUGAAGACGGAUUUGGAGGGGUUGAGGGGGAAUGCGGUGCGGAUGAUGGGUGGUAGUGCUAAUGGGGGUGGUGGUGGUGGGACUAAUGGUGGUGAUGGGGUGGGGGAGGGGAAUGUGUUUAGGGAGGAGGUGAGGAGGCAGGAGUUGGUGAGGGGGAGGGUUUGA